CUACCACCUCAAUUACGAGCGAAACCAAACCAAUCCUUAUUCGCCGGUUUCUUUAUUUUCUUGGACUUUUUACGCAAAGCCGUAAAAAAAAAUCGUAAGUGUUGUAAUUUCUGAUAUUAUUCAACAACAGUUGACUAAAGUCUCCGAAAAGGAUCACGAAGGCUCACGGUGCAGGUGUUCGUCCAUAUGGCCGGUCCUUAUCUCUCACCCUUAGGGCCUCAGGCCGAUCUACUUACCGAGUAUAUGUUCGGUCGUCGUCGUCAGGUCAGUAGGCGUAAUCGGACAACAUUUACGCCGCAGCAAUUGCAAGAAUUGGAAUCCCUAUUCCAGAAGACUCAUUAUCCAGAUGUAUUCCUGAGGGAAGAAGUUGCUCUUCGAAUUUCACUCUCGGAGGCACGCGUUCAGGUAUGGUUUCAAAAUAGACGAGCAAAAUGGCGAAAACAGGCUCGUCUUCAAUUACUACAAGACGCAUGGAGAAUGCGUUGCUUAGGAUUAGGUAGUGCUACACCUCUUCUUUUGAGACCACCGCCGGCAACAGGAAUAGAAAGAUCAGAUGCCUCGUCACCACCACCGCCGUCGGCCUUAUCUGAACCCUCUCUUUCUUCUUCUUCUUCUUCUUCUUCUGCCGAGAAAUUGGUCGAAACAGGUGCGGCUGCAGCUGCAGCCGCCGCUACCGUACCAAUUUGCAGAGACUAUCGUUUACUUUCCGCUGCUCAUGGCUAUUCCAUGCAUUGUGACAAGUCGAACGACAAAGUUAAGUGCGGAUGUGGAUCUCCACCACGGAUUUGCAGUAGUUCUCCGGAAAAGGAUAUAGAACAGAGUAUUAGAGAGAGACCUCAAGAUGCUGAAAUCGAUUUAACUAUGAAAGGCCCUCAUACCUCGAGGCACAUUCAAAUAACAACAACACCGUUUAAUAUGAUAAGCACAUCGCAGCAAACUUUGAGACAUACCGAACAUGUGGAUGAGCCGUUGGACGCGAGACUUAGCAGUAAUAGAAAUAAUUAAU